CGGCCCGCGACAAUACGACCUGCCUAUAUUAAACUGCCAGAACCCUAACCCUAAUUUCUUCAUUCGUUGCUCUUUAUCUUUCUCACCGCUUGUAUCAAGCUUCAGAGCAACAGCUCCCCCACUCAGCAGAAAAAGCUCAAGAAGCCGCCAUGGGUAAGGUUCAUGGAUCUUUGGCUCGUGCUGGUAAGGUUAGAGGCCAAACUCCGAAAGUGGCAAAGCAGGACAAGAAGAAGAAGCCACGUGGCCGCGCCCACAAGAGGAUGCAAUACAACCGACGUUUCGUCACCGCAGUUGUGGGUUUCGGCAAGAAGAGAGGACCCAACUCAUCUGAGAAGUAAGGUGUGACAGGAUAACAAGUUUUUAAUAGUUAUGUAGGUGAAGUCUUAUAUUGGUUGUUUUGGAUUAUGUCUCUUGUUUUUCUGGGUACUGGCAUACUGUUGAAUUUUUGAUAUUUAGACUCAGACAAUGUUGAGCAUAUUAUCCUUUUUUGUUUUUGUUAAUUAGAAUUAUGUGAUUUUGUUACCCAAAUUUCGUUAUAUUGCAUAUCUUUAUUGUCAUGGUUCUCAA